UUCUGCCGCUGGAAGGGCUGGGAAGGUCGGAGGAGGCGGCCCCGCAGCCCCCCGGUUGUGCCCGGUGUCCCCCCCAGCCCCGGUUCGCAGCGGAGCCCCUCGGCCGCCGCCGCCCCCCGACAUGGCAGCGCUGCCCGGGACGGUGCCGCGGAUGAUGCGCCCGGCGCCGGGGCAGAACUACCCCCGCACCGGCUUCCCGCUGGAAGUGUCCACCCCGCUGGGCCAGGGCAGGGUGAACCAGCUCGGAGGGGUUUUCAUCAACGGGCGCCCGCUGCCCAACCACAUCCGCCACAAGAUCGUGGAGAUGGCGCACCACGGCAUCCGGCCCUGCGUGAUCUCCCGGCAGCUGCGCGUCUCCCACGGCUGCGUCUCCAAAAUCCUCUGCCGCUACCAGGAGACCGGAUCCAUCCGGCCCGGGGCCAUCGGCGGCAGCAAGCCCAGGCAGGUCGCGACUCCCGACGUGGAGAAGAAAAUCGAGGAAUACAAGCGGGAGAACCCCGGGAUGUUCAGCUGGGAGAUCCGGGACCGGCUGCUCAAGGACGGCCACUGCGACCGCAGCACGGUGCCCUCAGGUUUAGUGAGUUCGAUUAGCCGCGUGCUCCGCAUCAAAUUCGGCAAGAAGGAGGAGGACGAGGACUGCGACAAGAAGGAGGAGGACGGCGACAAGAAGGCCAAGCACAGCAUCGACGGCAUCCUGGGCGACAAAGGGAACCGCCUGGACGAGGGCUCGGACGUGGAGUCGGAGCCGGACCUGCCGCUGAAGCGGAAGCAGCGCCGCAGCCGCACCACGUUCACGGCGGAGCAGCUGGAGGAGCUGGAGAAGGCCUUCGAGAGGACCCACUACCCCGACAUCUACACCCGCGAGGAGCUGGCCCAGCGCACCAAGCUCACCGAGGCCCGCGUGCAGGUGUGGUUCAGUAACCGGCGGGCGCGCUGGCGCAAGCAGGCGGGAGCCAACCAGCUGGCGGCCUUCAACCACCUGCUGCCGGGGGGCUUCCCACCCACGGGAAUGCCGGCACUGCCCCCGUACCAGCUGCCAGACUCCUCCUACCCCAGCACCACCAUCUCCCAAGACGGCGGCAGCACCGUGCACCGGCCGCAGCCGCUGCCGCCCUCCACCAUGCACCAGGGCGGCCUGGCCGCCGCCGCCGACUCCAGCUCAGCCUACGGCGCCCGGCACAGCUUCUCCAGCUACUCCGAGAGCUUCAUGAACGCCACAGCCCCCGCCAACCACAUGAACCCCGUCAGCAACGGCCUGUCCCCGCAGGUGAUGAGCAUCCUGAGCAACCCCAGCGGGGUCCCGCCGCAGCCCCAGGCCGAUUUCUCCAUCUCUCCCCUCCACGGCGGCCUGGACAGCACCAACUCCAUCUCGGCCAGCUGCAGCCAGCGCAGCGACUCCAUCAAGUCCGUGGAGAGCCUCCCGACCUCGCAGUCCUACUGUCCCCCCACCUACAGCACCACCAGCUACAGCGUGGACCCCGUGGCCGGCUACCAGUACGGCCAGUACGGGCAGACUGCCGUGGAUUACCUGGCCAAGAACGUCAGCCUGUCCACGCAGCGCCGCAUGAAGCUGGGCGAGCACUCGGCCGUGCUGGGGCUGCUGCCGGUCGAGACGGGCCAGGCCUACUGAGACCCCCUCGCCAGGGACCUCUGGAGACCCCCGCCGGCUCCCAGGGAUCCUCCCUGCCCCGUUCCACCCCAGCUGCCGAGGAGAUGGGAGACGGGGGAGCUCUCCCAGGAUCCGGCUGCUCCAGAGCAUUCCAGAGGCAAGUCCGGCCUCUGGGGCCUGACUCCUCCUGUGGCCAGAGACAAUGGGCUGGGUGCAUUUAUCAACCCCAGUCCAGCCCUCCCUCCAAAGCCCCUGGCCACAGCAUUCCCCACACUCCAGGACUUCCCAUUCCUAGGUAGCUGGCAUAGUCAAAGCCAAAUGAGCGCUUUGGGGUUUUGUUUUUUUUCUUUCUAAAGGGAAAAAAAGAGAAAUGUUUCAUUUUGUUUCCUUUUCUUUCCGUUGCUGUAAAUUUGGUGAAUGUUGUAUAGGAAGGUAUAACCCAGCUGAGCAUUAAGGGUGAUGUAAACCGGGACCACGGAAGACCUAUGGACCAAAAAUAAGGACUUGUUUAAAAAACAAACAAACAAACUGCAAAGGCAAAUGAAAGCAGAAAAACAUUCAAGGGACAGCAAAUUUCCCCAGCCCAGCCUACCCUCCCUUCUCACCGUUGGCUUCCCAAAGCAGGGCCGGACGGGCCAGAUCGCUGCUAAGCAGGGCUGGGGUGGAAUUCCAGCCAGUCUGGGACCUUUGGGAAACGUGAACAGCUGCAGGAGGAGCGGAGAGGAAGGGCACGGGUGACACUCACUGCUCCUCUGAGGGACAAUCCGGACACGAGUGUCACCGCCAGGACACAGCAGCAGAGCGGCGGCAGCGGGGACAGCGCUGGCCUGGCACGAGGAGGGGCUGCAGACACACCCCAGGGACACGGGGCAGGGAUACUGGUGGCCCUGCUGCCCCUGAGCUGACCACGGGAGCAAAGACAAGAGGGCAGGGCCAGGAACUCACUGAGCAGAGCCAGGUCCUGCCAUGGGAGUCACCUGGAAGGGAACGGAGCUGAGCCUGGAGGUGCUGCCCUGCCCAGGACGUGGAGCCAGGACAGAGGAGCUGAGGGGUUUUUGUAGCAGCCAGGACAGGAAGGGGCUCCAGCUGCCCCUCUCCACACUGCAGGGAUGAGAUUCGUCUUCCUGAGACAUUCCCUGUUCUCACUGCUGGGAGAAAGCUUUGCUCCAUCCAUCCCUCCAUCCAUCCAUCCAUCCAUCCAUCCAUCCAU